AUGAGCUCACCGGCGGAGCAUUCGUCCGGCGAAUCCUCGCAUGGCCACAACUGGCCGAACCCUGCUCUUCGCCAUCCCAGGUUCAACCUCGCCGAAAUGCCUGACCCGCCUCCAAGCUGGAAGUUCCUUGGGGAGUCUGCGGACGUUGUCCUUCGUACGCGAAAAUACGUACGCGAGCAAAUGGUAGCUAUGCUCAACUUUUACAGCUGGGGAAUCGACACGGGGCUGCCAUCACGGAUGACCAAUUUGAGAAUCCUGCAAGCUCUGUGGAAGAUCUUUUAUUACACGGCAGACUAUCACCGGCCUCGAUCUUUCAGAGACCUUCUCGACUUUGAAGGAAAAGAUGGUGGCCCGAGACUGUUGUCUUGCGAGAUCGACCAUCCCUCUCUCCUGCCCAUCAGCAGAUACUACCCUGAUCCCCCGGCUCUGGACGGCACCACGCAGCCCGACUUUGUCAGACCGGCGAAUGCUGCAGCGAAUAUUCCCGAUAUCUAUCUUGAGCGAAUGGACAAGCCCAGUCGUGACUUGGACAUGUCUGAAGCAGAACCACUAGGCUCAAGCCCGCCCGCGGUGAGCACGAUGAACCUUGGAGGUGACGGCAAUACUGCUGCAUUUCAGAACAACAACCUGACAACGGCCAUGGUUAGUACAGCAGCUGGGCCUUUUGCAAACCUACCGCUUACAGCCCCUGCUAACCCAACGGGCGUCUUUAUACCUGCCCCUGCUCCUUCUGCGGUCGUCCGUGUGCCUGCUCACAUGGCUCGAACAAUCAUUGAGGACGUUGAAAAAGUGGUCAUGAAAUAUGCCUACUUGGAGCUUGAGCGAGACGCCAGCGCUGCUCCACAGACAGUCGCCCGGCCAUAUCUUACUGCUUUGCAUGAAGGAGACAUAUCCAAAGCCAUUGUUGGACUGUACCAUGUAAAUGCCCAAGUGCGGCUCUCGUUGGACCCGCACGACCCUACCAGAACGAUUAUCGAUCCCGCCGGCAAUGACUAUCCCUGCCGAGGCAGAGGCCCUAUCUGGAAAAACAACUCGAGCACCAUCGACAGUCUGAUUGUUGUGGGCAAGUUGCUCGAUGCCGGGUCCACGGUUAUCGAUCGUAAGAGGGCUGGAUGGGAGACCCGCUUUAGUACACUGGAGCGAGCCUUUAUCGAGGCCACUGACGUCAAUUGGGAUGUUCUCUCUCUGGACGAAAAUUCAGAAAUGAGAGACCACUUUUGGGACGUCGUCCACGAACACGUAGCAGGCGUCCAGCCUGGAAUGCUCAGCCCUUUGUGGACCGUCUGGUCUGAUUGUGCUGGCCACUUUGACCAGUUCCAUUUCACGUACCGGGAAGCAGUUGCGCCUUGUCAAUGUACCGGGCAGGCUGCCACUGUUCAAGCACAUACCAAAACCUUCGUGGCGCCCGACCUGCAUCCUGGUGAUAUGCACGGGGCGUGCAUGAACGAGGUGAUGGCCCGGCCAUUCGCGCCUCUUCUUCAUGCGGAUUGUACGGCAUGCAACGCACCACAAUCUGUGACCAUUGAGAGAAGGUUUGACACUCUUCCCUUGCGCAUGGUGGUGGGUCUGGACGAGCAGGUUUCAAUCAGAAAUCACACCAAGGACAUCACCUUUGACUUUUGCGAUGGCGAUGGUCAGCUGCAAAAGGCCACGUACCGUUGGUUGGGGGGUAUUUACUAUAAGGAUUACCGGUAUCGCGUGUUCUGGACGGACACCAAGAGAGGAGAGACUGAAAAUGGCUUCCUCAAGAUGUAUGACAGCACGAUGAACUCGGGCCUGGUCAUCGGCGAUAUUCCACCGGCUCAUAAGGAUGAGAGGGUACCUCCGGAAUGGUGGAGAAACACCUCGGUGCCAUUCCUCGUUUACGAACGAGUCAUGGACCCGGAGCCGGAAGUAUUCAGUCUUGCGUAUCACUCGUUGCUUGACAUGAUGAAGGUGAAAAUGGAUGGCAAACUGGUUGCCCAGGAACAUACGCCCUGGAUCAGAGCCGAACCUACCCUUCCCACGCAGUCACCUCCCUGGGACCGGAUUUUGCCCAACGCAGACCGCUUCAAGCUUGCAGCAGAUGGUGACGCAGAAGAACAGACUGUUACUGUGCGAAGUCAAACUUCCGUCAGCUCGGCUGGCCACUCGUCUGGCCCUGGAUUACCCUCCGCCCCAACAUCUGUCCGAUCUUCUAUGCGAGUAUCGCCAGUUCCAACAGGGAUGAAGCAGGCUGCAAACGCACAGGCUCCCACCACAUACACUUCUGCGAUACCAGCCACCCUCGGGCCGUUUGUCUCGACUUUUGCAACGGCGCAACCUGUAGGUGUGAACCCCUUCGAGAUCAACCCGCCAAUGAACACGACUAGCCUUUUCAGCGGCUUCAGUCGCAGAAGCAACAGCCCGCAGAACGGCUUCGGCAAUUUUGCCAAUUUCACAAACACGCUCAUGAUGCAGCCGACCGGUGACCCCAGCGCAAUGUCGAUUUCGCCCACGCAGCAAUUCUUCUGGAUCCCAUCGGCGUCGAACAGUCCAGAGAAACAGAGAACAGGGCAGGCAAGUCAGCCGUCACCGGACAUGAUGGCGGGAUUCGCGGUGUGUGGUGCCGUGCAGCCAUUUUAUAUGCGUGUGUCGCCGAAGCGAGCCAUCGAAGAAGUUCAGGACACUAGCGACAACAAUAAUCGCAGCGAAAGCAACGAUAUCAACGAUACCAACGACGGCGAUGGUGACAAUGGUGUCACGACAAACACCACGAUGGGACCGCCUCCUAGAAAACGAGCACGAACUCGGGCUGAACGGACCGAACGAGUCGGUACCAGGAGAAGCGCAAGGCUGAGUAGAUAA